AUGGUGCCUACAUCGCUCGCGGGCCUUCCAGAGCAUAUUCCUCGACGCCCUCCCCCCAUCAUUCCCACUCCUUCCGCAGCUGCAGAUUCGGGCGGGCCUCAGGCACUCCAAGAUCCUCAAGAGGAGUCUCAAACGAUUCCGGCACCACCUGUGCGGCACUUCAUCGACACUGUCGCCAACCGCUUCCGUGUAUUUCGCCGCUACUUCCGUUCGCCAGCACAAGAUCCCGAAGAGGGCAGAACGCUUGAAACCUUUGCGGAUGCCCCCACACACGUUCGCACCCCAGACCAACGUGAACCCCUUCAAUCGUUCGGGGUUUCCGAUCCAGGCGCCGUCCAGGCAUUGUCCUUUGCGCCAUUCCUCAACGCCACCGUCUUCCGCCUCAUGAGGUGGUUCUAUUCAUCUUUGUUCACCAAGUCUAUCGCUGGGCUUAAUUCGCUCAUCCAUGAGGUUCUUCUGGCCGACGACUUCAGUCGAGAAGAUUUGCGUGGUUUCAGCGCAGCACGGGAGAUGAAGCGCAUGGACGACCACCAGUCAAUGUCGGAGGCGGGUACAUUCUCCGCGUCCAACAAGUGGCGGGAAGGCUCCGUCAAAAUAGGGGUUCCGAAGCCGAAGAACUACCUCGUUCACGGCAACUCAGAGGCGAACGCCCCGCAGAUGGUGGUUGAUGGCAUCUGGUACAGAACCCUAUGCGAUCUCAUCCGAAUGGGUGCCCAAGCAGCCAGCGCGCGAUCCGCUCACUGGAUCCCAUUUGAGCUCUAUUGGCAACCACCGCACUCGCCGGAGCAGGUCUCUCCUCAAGAUGCGGACUCUUCUAUCGGCACGGACACGCCAAGCCUGCCAUCAACUCGUCUCUACUCAGAGGUGUACAACUCACAAGCUCUCCUCGAUGCCGAUGCCGAGCUCCAGUCCCAACCCCGCCACCCUGCCGAUUCCGACAGUGAUGUUGAGUACGCAGUCGCUCCUCUCAUGCUGUACUCGGAUUCAACGCACCUCACAAACUUCGGCACCGCAUCGCUCUGGCCCCUGUACGUCUGGUUCAGCUGGUUGUCCAAGUACGAACGGGGCAAACCCAGCGCUUUCGCGGCACAUCAUCUGGCAUACAUCCCUUCGCUUCCUAAAACCAUCCAGAAGUGGUAUCAGGAUCAGUUCGGCGAGCCUGCUACAGAAUCUAUACUCCGCUUCUGCAAGCGCGAGCUCAUGCAAAAGAUCUGGGAGCUGCUUCUCGACGACGAAUUCCUGCUCGCAUAUAAAGAAGGCAUCUUGAUCGUUUGCGCAGACGGCAUCACCCGUCGUCUUUUCCCUCGCAUUUUCACAUACUCUGCCGACUAUCCCGAAAAAUGCCUCAUCGCUUGCGUCAAACCUAUGGGCAAGUGCCCCUGUACAGACUGCCAUGUCCGCAAGACCGACAUCCAUCUCAUGGGUACCAAGCAAGAUCUAGCGCAGCGCCAACGACACCCCCGCACUGCCCUCAGCUCUACACUCCAGAGGUGGAUCGAGAACGUGCGGAGCUGGAUUUUUGAGCGGGGUAUCGACCCGGAAUCCAAGCACGUGAACGAAUCACCGCUCAAUGAGCACUCUACAACACCGGCACGGAAUGCCUUUUCAACACGCCUCAAUGCAUUUGGAUUCGAUGUGUAUCGAAUACUCGUGCCUGAUCUCAUGCACGAGUUUGAGCUGGGAGUGUGGAAGUCAACACUCACACACCUCCUACGAUUGGUGAUCGCUCUUGGGGGGGACAACAUCCAGACCCUAGACUCAAGAUUCUCGCAGGUCCCGACCUUUGGAAGGUCUACGAUACGACCAUUCGGGUCAAAUAUGUCGGGUCUCAAAAAGCUCGCUGCUCGGGACUAUGAAGAUAUCCUUCAGUGCUCGUUCCCCUGCUUCGAAGGGCUCGGCUUCGUCUCUCCAUCACACAACAAGAUCGUUCUGGAAAUGAUCUUCCGAUUGUCUACCUGGCACGCCCUGGCGAAGCUUCGCCUUCAUUCAGAGGACUCGUUACGCUACAUGGAACACGUGACAACCCUGCUUGGCGCUGCGAUGAGGUCCUUUGUUCGUCACGUUUGCUCGGCAUACUUGACGAAAGAGCUCCCAAAGGAGACAGCAGCUCGUCAACGACGAAAGGUUGCCACCACCGCCUCCGUACGUGGUAGCCGAGGGUCUACCAACACCCCGACAUCGUCUGACGCCAAGAUCAAGGUCUUCGAUCUCAACACGAUCAAGUUUCAUAAGAUGCCUGAAUAUCCAAGAAGCAUUCGCCAAUUUGGGACGACAGACAACACGACAACGCAGCCGGGAGAGCAAGAGCAUCACCGCGUCAAGGAGUUCUACGAUCAAACGAACAAGACAUCGUCAUUUGUGGGCCAGAUUGCACGACGACAGGGGCACCAGGCGCUGUUGCACGAAAUCUCAUCGCACGCAGACGUGCCGCAGCCUCCUCCGCGUAAGAAAAGGAAAUUGAACCCUGAGUCGAGUGCCGAUCUUCGCAUUCCUGGCGGCACCAAGGAGUCACUCUCGUCGACAUCACCCAAGGACCACCAUCACGUCUCGUUUGAACAACGGGAGCACGUCAACAUCAAGACGUUCGUGCACAAGAACAAGGAUGACAUUGCGUGUACAGACUUCGAGUACAAACUCAAAUGUCACCUGUAUAACCGGGUGCAUGGGCAUGACGCGUCGACACUCAGCGAUGCGGCUUCGGUCCAUAUCAGAAAAGAUCAAAUGUGGCUUCACAAGACGCUUCGUGUGAACUACACCACCUACGAUAUGCGUCGCGAGCAAGACUCCAUCAACCCGAGCAGCCACGCCGACGUGAUGAUGCUCGCAGCUCGUCCGGAUGAAGCCACUGACGCGGAAGGCAAUCACCCAUAUCUAUAUGCCCGGGUACUCUCUGUGUUCCAUGUUAACGUUACUCUCCAGUCAGAGCCCCUCAUCGAGCCUUGCCCUAUCCACGUGCUCUGGGUACGCUGGUUUGAGCUAGACACGCUCGCCCCUGGAGGAUUCAACACUCUCCGUCCCCACCGCCUCCGCUUUGCACCUGCGAGCGAUGCCUUCGACUUCAUUUCCCCUGACCGGAUCCUGCGUAGUGUGCAUCUUAUACCUGCGUUUCAUCAUGGUCGCUCCGACGCCGCUCUCAGAGGUCCAAGUAUUGCACGCAUUGAGACGGACGACAUCGCCGUUGAGGACGACUGGAAUUACCACUAUGUUGGCAUGUGGUCAGACCGUGAUCUCUUUAUGAGAUAUUUUGGUGGUGCUGUCGGACAUCUGCACAUCGGUGCUGAAGCACACGUCACCCCCGCCAUCGAGGAUUCGGGUGAUGCUUCGGAGCUUGUCCACCCAUCCGACGUCGAGAAUGCUGCCGGCGGUUCCGCCAGCGACGCAACUUCAGAGGACGAACUUGAACAACUUGAAGAGUCGGAGGAUGACGGAGAAGAAGCUCUCAAGGACGUCGGGGAGCUUAACGGCGAAGAAGACGACGACGACGAGCACGCUCUUGAUGGGUACGCCGCUCUAUAG